AAAAAACCUUUUCGCGUUGUACUUGGCGAUUCCGAAUUCCUCUUAGGGUUUUUUAGUUUAUUUUUGGGAAUAUUACAUCAAUAUCAGAUUAUUACUUUAAAUUAUAAUGCAAUGUGAACUUCGUUGUACAUUGGUGAAUAAAUAUUUUUAUCAUGAGCAUAGGUUCCUCAGAGUAAUUUGUUUGUUGUUUCACUGCGCAAUUGGAUAAAAAUGUGUUUGUAAUUAGCUAGUUCAAUUGAAUAAAUACUUUUACAAUGGCCUCUGCAAGUACUGAAUCACACGACCGACUCAAGCUGUACAAGUUUACGAAAAUAUUAACUUUGAAAGUUGCUCAAAUAGUUGUCCAAAGUAGACAAGGGAAGAAGAUCACUCAUGAAACCAACACUACAAAGGCGUUAGAACAAUUGCCACCAUCGUCUAUAAAUGUGCAGUGGUUUAACUUGUCCAUCCCCGACGAGCCAGACGUUGCACGUGACACCAAGCAAGUAUUGAAUGGAGAAGUUGUAAAAGCCCUUGUGAAAGUGUUGUGCAUUGAAAUAUCUUUGCGUACAAAUGAUGGGGACAGAAUGGUAUUAGAACUAUGGACAGUAAAGAUUGUACCAGGAGCAGAUCCCGCAAUGAACUCUAUCACAAAUAUUUAUUACCGUAUGAGUACAAUGCUUAAGUCAACAUUGAGCAUAUCAAGAAUUACACCUGCAUACAAAAUGGCCAGAACACAGCAUAAGGAAUCAUACAUCGUUUCGCACAAAAUUUAUGGUGGAGAACCAAAUCUUGAUCUAUUAGGUGAGAAGUUUAAAACUGUAAAAGUGAGCGACCUAAAAACACCCAUCGGAACCAUAGUUAUAGAGGUAGCUUACAGAACAAAGAUGACAAUCCUGCCAGAGGAUAAGAUCAAACCGCUGGACGGAGUGAUUUCAACAUCAGCUACCGACAUUAUGGUGAAGAGUGAUCAUUUCUAUGAAAGUCCAAAGAGAAAUUAUGACAAGAAAGAAAUAGACCUUAACAAGCCGCUCACAGCAGGCGCGUUUGUAGACACAGUGAAGCUUCAGGAGCUGCAUGAUGCUUUGAAACAGCAAAUACCUCCGGAACCACCAAUGUCUUGGCUUCUAGCUGAGAAGGAUAAGUUAGAAAAGAGACUGAAAAAUCCCCUUCGCCCCAAGAGUAAGGAACGAGCAGGAUGCAGCAACGAUGGUGCCGGCACAUCUUCGCAUGCUAUGAGCAAGGCCAUUGAGGUGCCUCGGCCGAAGAACGGUGACAAAUACAAUAGUCUGAUGGAGUUCCCAUUCGCCGACGGCAGUCCGUUGACGGAGCUGGCUACUUUCUACCAGGAGUGCUUGCAAGCGCGUUCUGCCAGCGAUGAGUGGCCGGAACUGACCGAGCCGGCUACGUCGGCCGACUCCGAGUCUCUCUCGCACCAGCUCAAGAUGUUCGAAGACGCUGUCCCCGAGUUCGAUAGCAUGGUCGCAUCUAUGUUCAGCAACUCCGAGCACGGAUCUGAUCACUCCUAAAAAGGUACGAGGGCGGACGACCGAAAAUAAUCUAACCAAUAAGGGUUUUCGCGUAUGAAAGAUCCGCUAGAUGGCGGGACGUGGAUGUGGGGUCUAACUGUUGCGUGAUUGGUUUUG